CAGCACAUGAGUCAAGACUUCCAGCAGAAAUCGAAAGAAUUUUUUUUCGUUGUUUUUUUUUACCAUAUGUGAAAAAGUGUUGUCGUUGUUGGUGAAUGUGUUUGUUGUUAACAAUUUUGUGUAUUAAAAGAAUCGAUGAUGUAAUCGCGACGCGUGUUCUUCAUUCAAAUUUGCAAUUAAUACUCGCGAGAGGACUGAGUGUAUUUUGUUGAUUAUAAGACAGUGCUAUUCAUCGGUUGUUUGGGGGAAAAACUGUGUGUGCAGUGUGAGACAUUAGUCGAACAGAAAACGCGAGAAUAAAAUUUUUAUUUAUAAAUCCUAGUCCGGCUAGAAACUCAAUAUACAAAAGUGUUGUAUAGUGCUUUGCCGGCUCAGUUGUUGAUUCAUUUACGAUGAGUAGUUCCUCCGAUCCCCUUCUCAAUCCAGACACCAUGACCGUAGCCAGCAAAGAAUUGGCAUCGCAGCCGGAGAAUUCAAAGUCGGAUGUCUCUAAGCCAGCAUCCAGCGACGACAACGUAUUCAGCAUUGUGUAUUCGGUGCUGAAGAAGGUCGCAAUCGUUGGCGCCAUAUAUUUUGUUGGCUAUAUGGGAUGGUCGAUGGCCUGGCUAAUUACGCCAAUAAUGUUUUCCGUGACCAGAGAGCAGUGGAAGAAGUCGUCACAACUUAAACGAGAUAUUUCCAUUUUGUCAGCCAUUUCCAGUGAACGUGAUGUGAUUUUAGCUAAGAUAACCGAUCUACCUGCAUGGGUUUAUUUUCCCGACGUGGAACGAUGCGAAUGGGUAAACAGGAUCUUACAUCAAGUAUGGCCGAAUGCCAACCAUUUUGCAAAAGAUCUCGUCCGAGAUGUAAUCGAACCGAACGUGGCCAAAGCUCUGGCCGGCUACAAACUCAACGGUUUCAAAUUCGAUCGAAUCAUUUUGGGACAAGUUCCGCCACGGAUCGGCGGCAUCAAAGUGUACGACAAAAAUGUGGCUCGCAACGAAAUCAUCAUGGACCUGGAUUUGUCGUACACCAGCGAUUGUGACAUUAACUUUCAAUUGGCUGGUGUGCGCGGAGGUCUGAAACAUUUCCAGAUCCAGGGCAUGGUACGGGUCAUCAUGAAGCCGUUGAUCGCGAAAAUGCCAUUGGUCGGUGGACUGCAGAUUUUCUUUUUGAACAAUCCGAACGUCGAUUUCAAUCUGGUCGGCAUCGUUGAUUUGCUGGACAUGCCCGGAUUGAGUGAUAUGCUACGGAAAAUUAUUGUGGAACAAAUCGGUGCGGUGAUGGUGCUGCCGAAUAAAUUGCCAAUUACGUUGAGUGAUGCUGUUGCGGCACAUGAUCUAAAGAUGCCUGAGCCGGAGGGAGUUCUUCGAAUUCAUGUGGUGGAGGCGAAGAAUUUGAUGAAGAAAGACAUCAGUGUUCUGGGUAAGGGUAAAUCAGAUCCGUAUGCAAUUGUCACCGUUGGAGCUCAGCAAUUUAAGACCCAGACAAUUGACAACAAUGUCAAUCCGAAGUGGGACUACUGGUGUGAGGCGGAAAUAAAUGCAGUUAUGGGACAGGAAAUAACAUUCGAGUUAUGGGACUGGGAUCCAGGUUUUCCUGGCGUUGAAAAUGAUGAUUUCCUUGGCAGAGCAACCAUCGAAAUAAGCAAUGCGGUGAAAAGGGGAUUGGUUGACACGUGGUUAACCCUUGAAGACGCUAAGCACGGCAUGGUUCACAUUCGUUUGACUUGGAUGAACUUGACGGCAAAUCCAAAUGAUUUGCAGAGUGCACUAGAAGAAACUCAAUUGCUACGAGUCAGCAGCAUGAGUACGGCUCUCUUGACCGUUUUCAUUGAUUCAGCAACGCAUUUGCCCCUCGCCCGACCACAAAGCAAGCCCGAUCCGUACAUGGUAUUAAGUGUCGGAAAGCAAACCCAGCAAACGCCAGUUCAAAUGCGUACCGAUGCUCCGAUAUGGGAACAAGGCUUUACGUUUUUAGUAGCCAAUCCAGACAAUGACACCCUGCAACUACGGAUUGUCGAUCAGAAAACCGAUAAGGAACUGGGACGUUUCACGUACAUACUGAGCGCACUGUUGGAAAAGUCCGGCAUGGAGAUCGUAUCACAACCGUUCCAGUUGCAAAAGUCAGGCCCCGAAUCCAAACUCACGAUGACAUUGGCUCUGAGAAUUCUUAAGAAAGCACCGAACAUGGAGGACGAAGCACAGACAGCCAUUACGGAAAGAGGUGACACAGUCGAGGAACUGUCGCGUCAAACAUCAUCAAAAUCCGAUGUUUCGCCGGUUCCACCCUUACGGAAACAGGAUUCCCGAAUGUCGAAUCAUUCAUACGGCAAUGACACCGACUCGGGAGUAGCCAAUGAAGAAGUUAAUGUUGCACUGACGGCCUCAAAAACAUCUGCAUCUCCAUCGCCUGAUCUCAGUGAGCAAACAUCCGGGCUCCUGCACCGUACACCUAGUAUGACAUCAUCUGCUGGCAUUGCCGGACGUGGACGAAUUCAAUUGACGUUACGAUAUAGUGUACAGCGUCAACGUCUUGUCGUUAUCGUUCACAAAAUCAUGAAUAUUCCCUUAAAAGAUCCAUCAAGCAUACCCGAUCCGUAUGUGAAACUGUACUUACUACCCGGUCGAUCCAAGGAAUCGAAACGAAAAACCAUUGUGGUGAAGGACAACUGCAAUCCCGUGUACGAUUCCACGUACGAGUACAUAAUCUCUGCAGCAGAACUGAUGACAACGGAAUUAGAGGUCACUGUUGCCACACAGAAAGGAUUCCUCAGUGGUGGCAGUCCAGUCAUUGGGAUGCUCAAAAUUGCGCUCAACGAACCCGAGAUAUCGCAACAAGGACUGACGUCCUGGUAUGAUUUACUUCCGGAGAGUGGAUUUGAAUAGACGUGACAAAGUGAACGGUGGUUGUGGAUGUCUUUAAACAGAUGCGUCACUUACUUUACUCAAUUUUGAAAAGCUUUACAAAAAUUGAUGUUUAAUGUAUGGGAACAGGUUUUCGGAGUUGUAUUUGUCCUGAAAUCUUUUUUUUUUUAAUUCUUAUUGUGGAGUUUGACUCUGUUUUGACUGGCUUUUAAUUUUCGAAAAUUCUUUACAUUUCGAUCAAACUAUACACAGAACUUGAUAUUGAAUUUAGGAACUUGCGAGCGGCUUGCAUUUAAGCUAUGCUCUAGCAACGCAUAUAAAAUUACGUCCAUAACGUUGAAUCUCUACUAAGUAAUAUAGUUUAGCCUUAAGUUUGAAUAUAUUGUUUGUUAACUACACUGUGGCGUUGCAUUUAUGCACUGUGUUCAAUGAAUUAUACUUUUGAUGUUUAACCUUUCGCAUACGGCCCGCUUAUCUUAUGAAUAACGACAGCUAUGACGACAAUAAAGUGUUAAAGAGAGAUUUCGGACUAGUUUACUUCAACUGAUCUUGGAGUCACGCGUCAACAUGAGAGAAAUCGCAGUACAGAUUCGAACUGAGCUUUGCUCUCAGUUGCUUCUAUUUCACUCAUAAAGUUUUGACAGCUGACUUCGAGACCAAUUAAAUUAACUGGUCUUCGCUCUCCUUUAACACUCAGUGGACUAAGCGUUUUUCCUGACAACAUUAAUCAAGGAAUACAAUGUUAGCGGAAGAAUAUUCCGGAUCAGUUAAACAUUACUGGUCUCGAUGUCAAUAAUGUCAAAAUUACAGAAUAUACAAAAUUCGUUGCCUUUGAGGCCAGUUAAAUUUAAUUGAUCUCGUGGUCAGCUGUCAAAAAUUCAUGAAUGAAAUAGAAAAAUUGGAAGCUCAGCUCAGUUUAAAUUCGCAUUUUCAAUUCCUCUCAUUUUGAUGUGUGACCCACAGAAUAUUGAUAAUUAACUGGUCACACAUCGCUCUAAACACCAUCUUUAACCCCUAGAUCAGUUAAAUUUGAGUGGUCUUCGCUCUCAUUUAACACUCUAUACAUAGACUGUAAUGAUGUGACAGAAUGUAAUUCGGAUCAGUUAUUUUCACUUGUCUUAAGGGAUGUGUUAAAAUUUAUAGGAAAAUAUUCCAUGACAAGUAACCUCAAUGCAAGUUACAAUUAACUGGUUCGCUGUAUUUGAACUUUAAUCAUAACAGUCUACAAACUAGACUCAUGUCAAAUUGAAUCAAUUAAUAGAUGAUGUAUAUUGACAAUACUUCCACAUAAGAUCGAAAGAAAGUGAAAGAUUCGAUAUUAGUCAUAGGCUCUCCGUCUGUGAAAGGUUUUAAAAUGUUGUCGAAAUUCCAAUUUUUUCAUUGAAAUUAAUUUUACGCAAUUUUUAUCGCACAAACUAAACGAGAAAUGUUUUUUUUAGUUUGAAUUAAGCGCAGCACAGCAGACAUAUAGCAAGGUUAUUUCCUAUACCAACCUUUCUUCCUGCGAGAUAUUUCAUGCGAAUUUCAAAUUAUUUGAGAAACAAUUUUCUCUCUUAUCAAGGUAAUUCGCGACUGCCUUAAAUAAGUGGUUGAUUUUUAAGUGUUUUUCUAACUAAGAGAGGGCGCUGAUGCUAAAGUUUAGGAUAAAAUACCCGAACGUUCACAGCGCUUUUCGGUGGAAUGAAGAAAGGAUCUCGUCACCUAUUCGUUGGCCAUGUCGUUGCAUCUUUUAUUUAUUAGCGACAUUUCCAGGCUUCAUCUCAAUCCGUUCAUACUUCAUAAUAAAAUCAAAUUUGGUGAGCCUUGCCAGCCAUGCCUAACCAGUUGAAAAUUUUAUUUUGAAAUGUCAUUCUUCAUCGUCGUCAGUGCACGGAAUUUCAUUUUGAGUGAAUUGGUAGAUGAACAAAUGCACCAAAAAAAUAAAUCUCAAUGCUUCCUCGUAAGUGAGGCCGACCACAGAUGACCUUGCGUUUCUUUUGUGCAAAUAGAUGACUUGUUUUCGUAACCCUCCAAAUUUGAGACUUGUCAAUUCACUAUUGAUGCUAGCAGUGCUAUGGGCAGGCACAAUUCUGGGUUAGUUCACUCUUUCACUUUAUUUUUAAAUGACAACGCACUUACGAGUUCAAUUUAAAUUAAAGAAUUUUUGAGGAGUUUCGGCAAUUUGAAAAUCAAAUUCCGAAUAAUAAGCCCUAUCAUGUGCGGCAUCAAUAUCUUCAAAUUGACAUUAAUUUGGUUUUGAUAUCAUGAAAUCUGACUGAGACCUACACUUAAAAUUUUACGGAACAAUCGUUACAUUUCCUGGUAAAAGCUCAUUUUGCAAAAUGUCACCGUUUUCCACUUGGCAGUGUGAGUCUUCCACGUCCUCUUGUUACUUUUAAAUAUUCCCAGCGAAAAGGACUUAGGAAAAAAAGUCCUUUGGAAAUUUGAUCAGAUUAAAUUCGCUCGUAAAUUGGUAUAUUUUACGUUCAAGCGAACGAAAUAAGCGGCUUAUAGUCUCAUGAUGUUCAACGUUAGUUAAAAUUUAGUUUUUUUAAUCACCUACAACAUAUUUAUAAAAUUGCGUAACAUUUAAUUUGCUCCAAUAAACUAUAAUCAGGCAUUUAAGUUUUAAAUAUAUUUUUUUUUGUAUAAUAAUCCGCAUCAAUGAAUAUUUUUGCUGUUAAUAGAGUGUAAAUUAAUGAUCGGUUUUGUUAAUAUUAAAUGAGAAAUUUUUUAAUUUUAUUGUUAAACAGAAUACUUAUAAUAAUGAAAUAUAUUUACAUGGAACGAAAUUCAAAAGCUCUUCAAAAGAUUAUUAUUGUGUAACACUGUGCUGCCUUCUAAAACUGUGUAAUGUAUAACAGAAACGAUAAAUUCUUUAUAUUAAAUUAAAGGACAUUUUCGCCAAA